AUGAGGAUAGUGAUAGAGGUGGAUGUGAGUGCGGAGGAGAUUACUCUCGCGACGCAUCUAUUCAGCGCCCUCAGGGCAAUUGCGGACGAUGUGCGCGCGCGCAAUUUGCGCCCCGUGUUCGAGGCGCUGAUUGCGCGCCUGCGCGACCCCGCGGAACUUGAUUCGGUUGCGCGGGACGUGCGCACGCUGCUGGGGGAAGGCGCAGGAGUGGGGGAAUCGGGGGAGAAAGGGGGCGCGCGGGGAAGUGGGGGCGGGAGCAAGAGCGGAAGCGGAAACGGGGAAGAGAAAGAAGGGGCCGCGGAUGGGGCGAAGGCCAAUGAGGACCCCCUGGAUGCGUUCGUGGCAGCGUUCCUGCACGUGGUGUUUGAAACAGACCUGCUGGCUCAGAAGAUCAGCGUUGUGCCCUUCAUGCGUCUAGUGCCCAGGUUACCCGACACGGCAAAGGUCAAGAUGAGAGACACGCUUAUCCCCAAGAUCCUCAAGUUCCUGACGAUAAAGCGGCCGCCCGACGCCAGCCGGGCGGAGUUCUUUGUCCAUGCUGAGGCGUUUGCCGCCCUCGUGCACCUCGAGUUUGUCUCCAUUCAGGGUGCCGUCACCACCAUCCUCACAUUGCUGCGCAAGCCAGACAACCGCUGCACUGCAAUCAGGCCUCAACUUCCCGUCCCUGUCACCUCACUUCCUCUUCCUUCCCACCAUCCCACCACAUAUGCAACCCCUCCAGGCGCCGUCACCACCAUCCUCACAUUGCUGCGCAAGCCAGACAACCGCUGUGCUGCAGUGACCAUGCUGGGGAAGACUGUCGAGCUCUGCGCUCCCCAGCUAGUGGCUCAGGGUGACCCGGGAAAAAUGGAGGAGUUGAGGAAAGCAGUCCUGGGACUCAAGGAAGAGGCUUUCCGCUACGAUGUCAAUUACGUGAGGGACAGCCUCGGUUGGACAGACAACCCAAUCGCCACCUCUCCUGCUCCUGCCGCUACAGCCGCUCCUCCCGCCAUUCCCCCUGCUACAGCCGCACUUUCUGCCGGUGCUGCCGCUACAGCCGCUCUGGCAGCAGCAGGAUCCUCCCCUGCUCCCCUUUCCGCCCCCCUUCCCCCAUCUCACGCCCCCCUUCCUCCCUCUCAGCCCCCGCUCCCCCCGCCUCAGCCUCCCCUGCCCCUAGCCCAGCCUUCCAGACAGUCCCCUAUGGCUGUUACCGCCCCUGCUCCCCUCAACCCUCCUGUGUCAACAACCCAUCAGAUGCAAACGCAGGGGCUGGGGCAGGGGCAGGGGCAGGCAGCAGCAGCAGCAGCACCACCACCACCAGCAGCAGCAGUGGCGCCACAACCACCACCCGCACUAGCAGCAGGAGCAGGAGGAGCAGGAGGAGCAGGAGGAGGAGGUGGUGAGGUGAAGGGCAGCGGGGCAACAGAUCCCAUGCAAUCCUCUCCAUCGCAGUCCACCGUUCCGUCUAACAACCCAACCAUGCUGGUCCCACUCGACUCGUUCCACGGGCAUCAGCACACCAUCCUGGCAGUGGGGGUGGACGGCAACAGCGGGGCCACGUGGAGUGCAGCCAUGGACGGGAGUCUCAUCAUGUGGGGGGGUGAUGGCAAGCCCCGCCAAUCUCUCCUGCUCGGGUCACACUACGUGUGUGGCAUGGACCUACUAUACUCGCCCUCCUCCCUGCUGCUCGCUGCAGCUCCUAGAGACGAUAUGAGCGAGGGUCAAGCAGCCUCCAACCCCGUUGCCCCUUGCAUCCUGCAACUCACAGGGGACGAGGGGGCAGGGGCAGAGGAAGAGGGGACAGAAAGGUGGCAAGUGUUGGCCGUAGGACAAACAUCUCAUUCCCUUUCCUCUGUUUACCCACUUCCCUGCUGCCCCCAGGACGACAUGAGCGAGGGUCAAGCAGCCGCCAACCCCGUUGCCCCUUGCAUCCUGCAACUCACAGGGGACGAGGGGGCAGGGGGAGUGACAGGAGGAGCGGGCGGAGGGGGAGGGGGAGGGUGGCAAGUGACGGGGCGGCUGGAUCGCAAUCAGACAAGUGUGAUAUCGUACCUGGCGUUCAUCACAGCCGAGAGCAUGGCUCCAUCCGACGGCUCUGCUGCCUCGCCGCGCGACCGCAUCUGCUGCUACGACCUGGCAGGGGCGCCCUUUUCCAGCCUGCACCCUGUCAGGCAAUACACGGAGCAUGAGGACCUGAUCACGUGUCUCACAGUCUUCCCCCCCAACCCCAACCUCUUCCUCUCUGCCUCUCGGGACGCCACCAUUCGCCUCUGGGACCGCCGCGCCUCCAACGCUGUUGCUCUGCUUGGCUCCCCCUCCCCCUCGGGUCGACCCCAGGCACAUGCGGGCAUGGUAACCGCAUUGGACGCAUGCCCUGCAUCUGUUACUAUCGCAUCUGGCGGCAUGGACGGUUACCUGAAGCUCUGGGACCUGCGCUCCCUGCACUCCCUCGGGAACUCCCCGCCGCUUGGUUCGCUGAACCUGGACGAAUCCCCGAUUCUGAAGCUGGCCAGUAGCAUGCUGCCAGGUGUCGUCGCUGUGAGCACUGUGCGGGGGCUUUACUUGGCUGAUUUGAGCGGCAGUGUGGGGCCGAGUGGAGGGGGCGGUGCCAGGCUGGCAGGGGGGUUCCAGGAUGGGCGGCAGCCCGGGCGGUAUCAUGAUAUCAAGUGGGCACAUGGACGGCGGCUGCUGUUUGCUGGUGGGGAUGCAAUGCGGGUGGAUGUGUAUGGGUUGCAAUGA